CACAGCCCUUUGCAUCAGAUAAAAAGAAAGCUCCACCUCUCUUCCAAGAUCCUUCUGUCACCCUGCAUAAAACCUGUUGGAGAGACAGAUUUUGAAGCAUCUUCCCAUUUUUAGGGAAAGGGGCUAAGGAGCCACGGACAAUUCAUUAAAAUGUCACAAGAUUUAUCAGCAACACCUGCAACCCCCAAAGAAGAUGGCAGACCCAAGUGGGACAAUAAGUUCCAGUAUCUCUUAAGCUGUAUCGGAUUUGCCGUUGGCCUGGGGAACGUGUGGCGGUUUCCAUACUUGUGUCAGAUACAUGGAGGCGGGGCUUUCCUGAUACCAUACUUCAUCGCUCUUCUUUUUGAAGGAAUCCCACUGCUACACCUCGAGCUGGCCCUUGGGCAGUGCCUGAGGAAAGGCAGCAUUGGAGCCUGGAACACCAUCUCUCCUUACCUUGGAGGCGUUGGAGUUGGUUCGUGGAUGGUGUCGAUUCUGGUGAGCUUAUACUACAACACUGUUUUAACUUGGGUGAUGUGGUAUUUCAUAAACUCCUUCCAAGAACCUCUUCCUUGGAGUGUUUGUCCGCUAAAUGAAAACAGAACAGGGUUUAAUGAAGAAUGUUAUGAAAGCACUGCAGUAAAUUAUUUUUGGUACAGGAAAACUUUGAACAUAACACCAGAUAUUGCUGAGAGUGGCACGUUCCAGUGGUGGCUCAUUUUGUGCUUAGCAGCUUGCUGGGCAAUUGUCUAUCUCUGCACCAUCCGAGGAAUUGAAACCACAGGGAAGGCAAUUUAUGUAACAGCAAUAUUUCCAUAUCUGGUCCUGACUAUAUUCCUUAUUCAAGGACUCACUCUACCAGGAGCCACUGAAGGUCUGAUUUACCUCUUCACCCCUAAUCUGAACACUUUGAAAAAUCCCCGUGUAUGGCUUGAUGCAGCUACACAGAUUUUCUUCUCUCUCUCUUUGGCUUUUGGAGGGCUUAUUGCAUUUGCGAGCUACAAUCCAACAAAAAAUGACUGUGAAAAGGAUGCUGUGACAGUAGCAAUUGUGAAUAGCGUGACAUCUCUCUAUGCUUCCAUCCCAGUCUUUUCUGUGUUGGGGUUUAAAGCAACCACGGCCUACUGGGACUGCUUGGACAGGAACAUUAUCAAUAUCAUCAAUGAAUUUGAUCUUCCAGAAGAAAGCAUAAUGCGACAGAACUAUACAUCCUGGAUUAGUUUUUUGAAUUCAUCAUACCCAGAAAAAAUUGCUGGACUCAAACUGAAAAGCUGUGACCUUCAAGAAUUUCUUGAUCAGAGUGUCUCAGGAACUGGCUUGGCUUUCAUCGUUUUCACUCAAGCUAUCAUCCUCAUGCCAGGCUCCCAAGCCUGGGCCAUCCUGUUUUUCACAAUGCUGUUCAGCUUGGGCCUUUCUUCAAUGUUUGGAAACAUUGAGGGUGUCUUCACUCCUCUUCUAGAGCUUCAAAUUAUACCUAAGUCAGCACCUAAAGAGCUAUUAUCUGGUAUAAUAUGUCUAAUUAGCUUCCUCAUUGCUCUGUGUUUUACACUGGGUUCAGGGAGUUACUGGAUUGACAUUUUUGACAGAUAUGCAGCUUCAGUGCCUCUUCUAGUCAUCGCUUUCUUUGAAGUGAUUGGAGUUGUGUACAUCUAUAAAAUUAAAAGGUUCAGUGAAGAUGUGGAAUGGAUGACCGGACGAAAACUCAGUCUCUUCUGGCAGAUCACAUGGAGGUUUAUUAGCCCUCUGCUCCUGCUAAUUGUCUUCAUGGCCUUUGUUAUUCUUCAGAUGCAGAAGCCGCCAAGUUACACAGCCUGGAAUCCUAAAUAUGAAGGCUUCCCCAUGAAAGAGGAGAAAGUUUAUCCAGCUUGGAUACAGGCCAUUUGUGUGCUGUUGGCUGCCCUUCCUUGCGUGUGCGUGCCUCUGGUAGCGCUCUUCCACCUGGUCAAACAAAAGUGCAGGAGCAAGGACCCAAGCUUUGUACCACAAGAAGUCUCCUCCUGUCAGGGGGCUAACAGCAACUUUUCUCAUCCAAAAGAAUAAACAUCCAUUGUACCUGUCUGUAAGCAAAAAUAAGACAGACUUUGUUAGACAUUAUUAGCUGUCAUGUAGUAUCAUCCAACCAACCUGCUAUACACAGUUCAUAUGCUUACAGCAAUCACUACACUCUGUAAACAAUGCUGUUGUGUUUCCUUUAAUUUCAACCAAUUUCACAGCUUCAUGUAUCUCUCCAGCCAGAAUUUGAACUUGGAAAGCCUGUUAAGUAUUUUUGCUGGCUUCUGUCUUUCUUCACUUUUAAAACACUGGUCUGUUCCCAAGCAUCAGCAACAAAAAUUGGAACAUAAGCACUUACAGUUUCACUCACUGUCCUGCCCCCCUGCUCCAGGAGAUGCAGAAUGGGAGCCCUCUAAGAAAAAGGACUGCUUUUUAACACCACACUCUAAUUUUUGUAAAUCCCUAUACACACUUAAAUAGCAAUAAUUUUGUGAUUAUUUCACAUUCUCAAGCACUGCAAGGGGCAAAGAUAAAGCAUCAGCACAUAAAGAAUGUAAAGUAAAUUUGAGCAAUUAAUUCUACACAAAUAUCUUAUCUUAGCAGAUUCCAGAAUUUAUUGUAGUGGAAAAUACUGUUAGAAAAAGAGUCCCCAUUUUCUCCCCUUUCAUUUCUCAUGCUAAACACAACAGCUGAAUAGCAUAACAAAAAUGCAGAUGUAUAGCAGCCUUUCAGUGAGCUGCAAGCUUACAGAACAU